UCCUGUCAAAUUUUACUGGUUAAUUGGGUUGGCUUUCCUUAUUCUUUUUUUAUUGUGUAUACAAAGGCGUGAUUAAUCCCACAGAAUUAUUAAUUUCACUUUAAAGUAAACGCGUAGAAAGUACGAUAACCCAGUGCGGAUAGCGUCAAUCGUGAUGUAAGGGCUCGUCACGAGCAAGGUUCCAUGUCGGAUUCACCAGUAAAGGGCCAGCAGGCCAUGACCGAAUCUACACGACCAUUCUUCUACCCAGACAGCAGUAGUGAUACAGAAGAAUAUAGAAGAGAUAGUGAAGAACGUCGUAAGAGGUUAUCUAAGCGCAACAAUCUGCAGAGCGUUCGUAGAAUGCCUAAUAUGACUUCCAAAAUGCAGUGUCAGAAUCCGAUGCCAUCGACUUCAUCUCAAGAACCAUUGAAAUUUGAUAAGAAAGGUCCGCUUUGUGAUGACAGGAUAACCCUGGUGGUGGAUAACACUAGGUUUGUUGUAGAUCCUGCUCAGUUUACGGCUCAUCCUAAUACUAUGUUGGGACGGAUGUUCAGUUCUGGCAUAGAAUUCACACAUCCUAAUGAGCGUGGGGAGUAUGAAGUAGCUGAAGGUAUAUCUGCUACAGUAUUUCGAGCUAUACUGGAAUAUUAUAGGGGUGGAACUAUAAGAUGCCCUCCCACAGUCUCUGUGCAGGAAUUGAGAGAAGCAUGUGAUUAUCUGCUGAUGCCGUUUGAUGCUAACACAGUUAGAUGCCAGAAUCUUCGUGGUCUACUCCAUGAGCUAUCCAACGAAGGUGCCCGUAGACAGUUCGAGUCAUUCUUGGAACAUCUGAUCCUGCCUCUCAUGGUGGAGUCAGCCCAGCGCGGAGACCGGGAGUGCCAUGUGGUGGUUCUGCUGGAUGAUGACUCUGUGGAAUGGGACGAGGAGUACCCCCCGCAGAUGGGCGACGAGUACAGCCAGACGGUGCUGUCUACACCACUCUAUAGGUUCUUCAAGUAUAUAGAGAAUCGUGAUGUUGCAAAACAAGUUAUGAAAGAAAGAGGCCUUAAGAAGAUUAGACUUGGUGUAGAGGGAUACCCUACUUACAAGGAGAAAGUGCGAAAGCGGCCGGGAGGGAGAGCGGAGGUCAUAUACAAUUACGUCCAGAGACCAUUCAUACACAUGUCCUGGGAGAAGGAAGAGGCUAAAAGCCGUCAUGUGGAUUUCCAAUGUUUUAAGUCCAAAUCUGUAACCAAUUUGGCUGAAGCCACCGCUGAUCCGGUGAUAGAAUUAGAUCCAGCUCGAGCCAGGGAGGAGAUAGAAGUGCCUGACAACCCCGAAGUUCCUGAGGAAGAACAGUGAUUAGUGUCAUGGCCGGUUAGGGUUUUGAUGGCAGCAUUCUGCUGGCUUUGAGGUAAAAAUUUAAAUGGCGUCCAUUUUGGAUGCCAUAUGUGGGUAGUUUAAUCAAAGAAGUAAGAAAUAUCAUGUGGAUGAUUUAAAAAGGUGACUGCUUUCAUUAAUUUGGAAUACUAUUACCAAGGCUAAGAAUAAGCUGAAUUACGAAAGCCAAAUUUAAUUUGAAUAUCAGAAUAAUAUGAAGCAUUGUUGCCAAAUGGACUUGAAGGUGUUGCCAAACUGUGACUGGUUGAAAAAAAAAAAAAGAAAUUAAUGUGAAAGUAUAAUAUUAUUUAUGUAGCUUUUGCACAAUAUUGUAUAGUUUACUGCUGAGGAAGUUUAAGAUACAAUAGUAAAUGCAAAUAAAUAGAUUUGCUUUACUGUCUCUCAUAAAGGCUAUUGAAUUAUUAUACUGCCAGCAACCAAUGAGUAUAGUGAUACUCAUUCAGAUCUAGAAAUAAUAAAAAAAAAUUGGGCUAAUAUCGUUAACCGGAUUUCUACUUUUAUAAUCCAUAAUAUUGUAUUAUAGCCUUUUCUUAACAUAGGUCCUAUUAUAAAUAAUAUCGUUGAUGGGUCCUAUUGUAACUUAAUUUAAGUCGGCCAUUUUGUUUGCUAAUAUACAAAAUGGCGUCUAUUAGAAAUACGAUCUUAUUAUUGAGAAUAAACAUGGUAGAAUUUUGUAAAUUUUUUAUUAUUAUAUUUGUCAUUUUA